AUGCUGGUCAAUCCUCUGCUUCAGUUUGUAUCGUUUCCAUCUGUCCGCUCACCCAGCGCGCUGCGCCCACCACCUCUUAUCUCCUCGUCUCUAUGUGUCUUUUCCCUUCCCUCCCUCUCCCCCCACUCCCCCCCUUUUCCCUACUUCCCAGGGUUUGUCGCCGAGGCAGGGCUGCCAGCAGUGGGAGCAUCGGCAUGGGAAAGGGAGCAGCGAGUGCCACACCUGCCUCGAAUCAUCUCUGCAGCAACCUCGUCAGAAGCUAAGUGUUCUUCCUCCAAGGUCCUCACUCCUCCUGUCUGUUCAGCUCUGUCUCACAUGCUCAUGCCGCCGUCUCUGCUCUCGCUGCAAGGGGACACGCCGAGGGAGUUAGUCAACCACCUCCCCUGGUUAGUUGGCGGCAUGGGCAAGGGAGCAGCGAGUUCCUCACUCACGCCACCUGCCUCACGUCUGCACCAACCUCGCCCGAAGCUAAGUGCCCUACCCUCAGGUUCUCACCUUCUCUCCUUCGAGUUCCGUUCUGUCUGCAUGCUCAUGCCACCGUCUCUGCUCUCGCUGCAAGGGGACACGCCGAGGGAGUCAACCACCUUCCCAGCGGAGCUCUCACCAUCCACUAUCGUCUUCCCUGGUCAAAUGCUGCUUCCUUCCCUUCUGCAUCUUGCUUCCUUGCACUCACUUCGUCCAUAUCUGCCCUCCUCCUCCCUCCCUCCAGGUCACUUGGCAGCAUGGGGAGGGGAGGCAUGGGGAAGGAGGCAGGGGCGGCAGCAGAGGUUGCAAGUGGGAUGCUGGGAGCAGCGAGCGCCUCACUCACGCCACCUGCCUCGAAUCGUCACUGCAGCAACCCAUUCCGAAGCUAAGUGCUCCACCCUCCCUUUCCCUUCUGCGUGUCCUUACAUCAUGUUUUGUCUAUCUUGCAUUCUCAUGCACCCACCGCUGCUCUUGCUGCAAGAGGACACCCCCAGGGAGUCAACCACCUCCCCUGAUAGCAGGAGGGCAGGAGGAGGGAGGGCAGCAGAAGGGAGGGCAGGACGAGGGAGUGCAGGAGGAGGGAGGACAGGAGGAGGGAGGACAGGAGGAGGGAGGGCAGGAGGAGGGAGGACAGGAGGAGGGAGGGCAGGAGGAGGGAGGGCAGUAGGAGGGAGGGCAGUAGGAGGGAGGGCAGUAGGAGGGAUGGCAGUAGGAGGGAGGGCAGCAGGAGGGAGGGCAGGAGGAGGGAGGGCAGGAGGAGGGAGGGCAAUAGGAGAGGAGAAGGGGCAGCAGCAGGGCUUCAUCUUUCCAGCUAAGUAUUCCUCCUCUUAG